GUACCUAGCAAAGAAGAAGAGUAAAGAAAACUAAGAAGAAGAAUGGAUUUGGCAGAACAGCAACUUGAUUUAUUCGGAGACGAUGAAGAAUACGAAGAUCAACAAAACAAUAACGGAAAUAACAGCCGUAAAUCAUCACCGUCGCCGUCGCGAUCAUCCUCGUCGUCAUCCUCCUCCUCCUCAUCGUCCCGUUCAUCGUCUUCGUCGGCGGCAUCAUCUUCAGCAAACAAUAGCGGCGAUGAAGGUGGAGGCGGCGGCGGAGGUGGCGGUGGAGACAGUAGUAGUGCUGGUGGCGGUGGAAGUGGCAGCGACAGCAGCGGCGAAGAAGAUGAAGCGGAAGAAGUAAAUAAUCAGAAUAGUUAUAAUGAUUUUGAUGAUAGAGACCUUUUUGGUUCUGACAAUGAAGAUUAUCUUAACACUCCGGCCACCAGUCGUUUUUCUAUUCCCGUGUUGCCUGUUGUGCGCAAUGUCCACAAUAACCCGGGUAGAGGGAGCUUUGGGCGUGGUCGCUGGCAAAAUGAUAGAGGAGGAGCUGGCCUCCUUCCUAGACCUGGAUUUCCUCCAAGACAGGGGGGCUAUGGCUAUAAUUCAAAAUUCUCAAAUGGUCAUCGUGAUGAACGAUUUGUUUCUGACCUAAGGUUCUUAAAGAGUGAAGAAACUUUAUCGAGGAAAGCGGUUGCUUUUCAGGCGCCAUGUGAACUUGGUUGCUAUAGUCGUGUAGAAGGUGGUGAUGUUUACUUUGACGAUCGCAUCCUGAGGCUUUUUAAGCGUUUCAUUUCUGAAGAUAUUGGAGCUGAUCUGAAUGAAGGAUUUGAUACUUUCACUGAGAAGAAGGAUUUGGGUUCUCAGGGUUUUGGUGAUCUUCUUGGUUGCAUUAGGGACAAAAACAUACCACUUCAGAAUAUGCAUUUUGUGACUUUCCGAAACAAUCUUAAUAAGAUUUUGGCAACUGCUUAUAUUCGCAAUGAGCCUUGGGAAAUGGGAGUGCAUAAAAGAAACGGGGUUGUCUAUCUUGAUGUACAUAAACUACCUGAGCGGCCACAAAAUGAAAUUGAUCGUCGAAGAUGUUACUGGGGAUAUUGUUUUGAGACCUUAGCCACUGAAGAUCCCAGCCGAGCUGAUGGAGAAGGCAUACACCAUGUUGAUGCCAAUAUUGAAUACUGUUCCGUGCUCAAAACCAAAUUAGGAGCUCAUCGCAUUCUCAUGGGUGCUGAAAUGGAUUGUUGUGAUUCAACUGAUGAUGGGAAGCGAUUCUAUGUGGAGUUAAAGACAAGCCGUGAGCUGGAAUAUCGUACAGAGGAAAAAUUUGAGAGAGAGAAAUUGCUCAAGUUCUGGAUUCAAUCUUUCUUGGCUGGUGUUCCUUACAUUGUUAUUGGAUUUAGGGAUGAUUCUGGCCGGCUUGUCCGCACCGAGAGACUAACAACUAAGGAUAUAACUAAUAGAGUAAAAGCGAAGAACUAUUGGCAGGGAGGUGUCUGCCUGGCCUUUGCUGAUGAGGUAUUAUGCUGGCUCUACGGAACAGUUAAAGAAAAUGAAGAUUACAUUUUGCAGUUCGCUCCGCCUUUCACACGGUUAGAGCUUCUUCAAGGUCAAUCUUGUCCAGAUGCAAUUACUAACCAUGUUUUGCAAUUAUAAAACGUUUUGUUUAAAUUAAUAGAACAUAGACUCACAAGCCUGUAAGCUUCUCUAGUUUAUUGAAAUGUCUGAAAUGCCACAGGCCUGUGUUACCACAAGUACUUUUACCAUGGGAAAUUUAGCUUAUUAAUUGAAGGAAGAUUUUACUGCA